AUGGAGCUGUGUGGUCAGUCAGAUGGCUGCGAACUCUGCGAACUUGCCGCACACUCUGUUCCUGGGAAGAUCAUCAAAAUGACAUCCCAUCAGUCUCCUUGCUUCCUUCAAGCUAAUAUCAGAAAGUCUUCCAUCCAACCAAAGCCACCGAACAGAAACUCUACUUAUAAGUUCUCCUGGCCAAAAAAAAACAUAUCUGCUGCCAUCGUCCCCGGCUUCAGCUCACUUCCUCAUCAUAUACAAGACUUUCUCUCCUAUCGACACUGUCGACAUUUUCCCAUGAUACUGGAUGUUCCUGACAAAUGUGGAGGAGCUGAUGGAUCCGCAGAAGUCUUUCUUCUACUGGUCAUUAAAAGCUCUCCUGUAAACUACGACCGUCGAGAGGCGCUGCGUAAAACCUGGGCGAAAGAGAGAUUGCAGAAUGGUGUGUGGAUCCGAAGACUCUUCAUCUCAGGAACGACAGGUGAUGGUUAUGAGAAGAAAAGACUGAACAAACUCCUCAAACUGGAGCAGCGUGAGAACAAUGACAUCCUCCAAUGGGACUUCAGUGACACAUUCUACAACCUCACCUUGAAGCAAAUCCUCUUCCUAGAAUGGAUGGACAGAAACUGCCCACAUGUUCGCUUUCUAUUUAAUGGUGAUGAUGAUGUUCUUGCCCACACAGACAACAUGGUCACAUAUCUAAAAAACUUGAAGGACAAUGAUGGAGGUAAACACCUCUUUACUGGACAUCUGAUCCAGUAUGUGGGGCCCAUUCGAUCACCAGGCAGUAAAUAUUAUAUUCCAGUUCAGGUGCAGGAGUCUGAAUCAUACCCUCCUUACUGUGGCGGUGGAGGUUUCCUAUUGUCUGGCUACACAGCUCAUGUCAUAUUCAACAUGUCCCACUCCAUCACCAUUCUUCCCAUUGAUGAUGUUUACAUGGGGAUGUGCAUGGCCAAAGCAGGACUUGGUCCAGCCUUCCAUGUAGGAGUGAAGACAGCAGGACUGCCUGUUCCUGCAAAUGCUUAUGAUUUAGACCCUUGUUACUUUAGAGAAGUUCUGCUUGUUCACAGAUUCCUUCCACUUAAUUUGUAUUUCAUGUGGAACAGCUUACAUGAUCCUAAUCUGAAAUGCUAA